UUUAGCACAGAUUCUGCGCCUGGUGCUGAAGUGACAGGGCGGCCACUCUCUUCCAGAGGCUGCUUUAGCCCCGGGGUCCCUCAUAUAUCCCUUAGGGUACCUGACGGCUCCAAACCGGUGACUUCAACCCUUCCCACCUCUCAGGUCUUGUUCCCCAGACUCUUCUGGCCCCGCUUCAUCUGGGAGCGCGGCUGCCUGCCGCCGCUUCCUCCUCUGCGCUGAGACAACGCGCAGGGGUCACCACAAGGGCCCCUGCUGCCUAUGGCCUCUAACCACACAGCACCAUGGAUAAAUGUGGACGGCCUGGGUUCAGACCCCAGCUUUGCCCUUGGCCAGAGUACCUGGCUUUGCUGUGACUGCUUCCCCGUCUACAACAUGGGGGAGUGUCCAUCAGGACAGCUUCACCUCCUUGAGGAUUAAAGCCUAACAGUACUGAGCUAUUUGCCUGUCAAAAUGUCUGCAAAAUUGGGAAAGUCAUCAUCACUCCUAACACAAACUUCAGAGGAGUGUAAUGGGAUUCUGACAGAGAAGAUGGAAGAGGAAGAGCAGACCUGUGAUCCAGACUCUAGCCUCCACUGGAGCAGCAGCUACAGCCCAGAGACUUUCCACCAGCAAUUCAGGCAGUUUGGCUACCAGGAUUCACCUGGGCCCCAUGAGGCUCUGAGCCGGCUCCGGGAACUUUGUCAUCUCUGGCUGAGGCCGGAGGUGCACACCAAGGAGCAGAUCCUGGAGCUGCUGGUGCUGGAGAAGUUCCUGGCCAUCCUCCCAAAAGAGCUUCAGGCCUGGGUGCAGAAGCAUCAUCCAGAGAAUGGAGAGGAAACUGUGAAUAUGCUGGAGGAUGUGGAGAGAGAGCUUGAUGGACCAAAGCAGAUCUUUUUUGGACGAAGGAAGGACAUGAUUGCAGAGAAGCUAGCACCUUCAGAAACCACUGAGGAAUUGCCAAGUAGCCAGCUCAUGCCCGUGAAGAAGCACCUCCAGGGAGCAUCAUGGGAGCUUCAGUCCUUAAGACCACAUGAUGAAGACAUCAAAACUACAAAUGUGAAAUCUGCUUCAAGGCAAAAGACUUCUUUAGGCAUAGAACUGCAUUGCAAUGUUUCCAAUAUCCUUCAUAUGAAUGCCUCCCAGAGUUCCACAUAUAGAGGAACCUAUGAACAAGAUGGUAGGUUUGAAAAGAGACAAGGAAACCCUUCUUGGAAAAAACAACAGAAAUGUGAUGAAUGUGGCAAAAUCUUUAGUCAGAGCUCAGCCCUUAUUUUACGUCAGAGAAACCACAGUGGAGAGAAACCUUAUGCAUGUGACGAGUGUGCAAAGGCAUUCAGCCAAAGCGCGAUUCUGAUUCAGCAUCGACGAACCCGUACUGAUUCAAAAUAUGAACAUGUGAUUGCAGAGGCCCAAAAGAAUAUGUACUUCAAGACUAGGCUGAAGUGUCCCAGGUCACUUUCAGGAGGCAGAUAAAUAAAGGGCCUUAUCUUAUGAAAGCACACAAGAGCCUCCAUACUAUUAAUAUCAAGUUAAUUUCCCAUGUUGGAAAAAAAUAAUCUCCUUUGCAAUGUAAUUUGGAAAUAAGUCAAUGGAAACAUGAAAAUGACUGCUUAUCUACAAGGAGUCAGCUAAACAUAAGGAAUGUUUUCAUAACAAUAUUAAUCUAUGGGUGCUUCUGUAAGAUGGAUGAUCAUCUUAAUAUAAAGAAAAAAGGGAGAUGAACAAAAUUGUCAAACAAGACUGAUGUACCACAAGUGUUGUCAAGUACAGUGUGUGUCGGAGAGAUGUACCACAGCUUAACUGGAAGAGGAAGCCCAUAACUGCUGAUGACAAUACUUUCAGUGUCCCCUUUUCUGGCAUAAAUCAACUAUGAAUAUGUUUCAAGCAUCACAAGACAACCUUUUCUGAGUCUUCUGUAUUCUUAGUAAGAUGAGUUUCUAGACACGCUGUCAUGAAAUGAGAUCCUGGAUUUUGAUGCUCUUGUACAUAUGGACAAAUCACUGAAGUUCAAUUUAAAGGGUCCACUGCAGUCCCUUAUAAACAAUUGUUGAACCUAACCAUUAUAGUUUAUAAGUUUUAAGACAUUUAUGGGAUAUCUUAUUUGGCUUAUCUAUGGGAUAUGAGUAACUAUGUUUUACCUGCAUUUAAUUCAGCCAGAUUCCCUGUUUAAAAAUAAAAUUACUGAAUCGUACAUUAUUAAAAUUAUUCUGACAGUAUACAAAGAACACAAUUAUCUAUUUUCCAGAGAUUCUUGAUAAAACUCUGUAAUGUUACUACAAUAAUACAUGUAUUGUGUUUUCCCUGGUGCUACAGUUACCCAAUAUGGAGGCAAACAUCAGAAAUCAAAGUCCUUGGAAUAAGGGAAGAGACUCAUAGUAAACUUCUUUGUCUGGUUGGGUUCCUCAUAAAGUAUAAAACAUUUCAUUCUCAAAAAAUCCAACCAUAUCUUAGAGUAUCUCCAGAAACUGGCUUAGAGGAGCUCCAAAUAUGUGGAAUUACCACACUCUGCUUAGUUAGUAUGCUGAUAAAUGUAAGAUUAG